CCCCCUUUUAUUUACCCGUUUCUUGUUUCAUCUUCAAAAACCCUCUCAAGACCAACACAAUACCCCGCUCACCCUCUUAGCAAUGGCUCAACAGCAAGAAAUCGAAGCCCUCCGCCACUUGGAGCUACGCCUCCUCCGCUGCACGUUGCCGUCCGAUCAUCCCUCACAACCGCCGCCGCCGCCUCUCCUAACGCUUUCUUCGCCAUGUUCCAUCCUGCAUUCCCUCCUCAACGCCGUAGUUUCACUAAUAGAAUCUGGAAAUUAUCUCCAAGCCCUCUCCUCUUCCGCUUCUCAAUCCCUUUUUGCCAACCUCAAGUUCGUUUCACCCGAGUCCGAGUCCGCCAGCCGAUUCUAUUCGGAUUCGCUUCUCGAGUGUGUGGACUCGUUCUUGAAUGUUAAUGGAAGUGAAAAUUUGGAACCGGAAAGUAUGGAAUUGAAGGGUUAUAAAGUGUUGCUGGUGAUGGCUAUUGGUGUUUCAGCUUUACUUGCCUUUAUUCAGUGCAACAUUACUGGGCCAGUGGAGAAGCUGCCUUGGAUGCCACUUAUGGCAUUGUCAACCUGGGAGGGUGAAAUAGGAGAAGGUGAUUCAGUGGAGUGGGAAGCAUGGGCACAUAAGGAGCUAAUGUCUGCCGGUUCCGAAUUGCGUGGAAAAUUUUCUAAUCUGCAGUACAUAAUAUUUGCAAAGACGCUGCUGACGAGAACAAAAGAUUUGUUGUCUGAGGGAAGUAUAACUUCCAUAGGUGGAGUAAGAAGCCUUUCAUGGUGGGUGGCUCGACUUCUGUUCUCACAACAGAAAUUGCUGGAUGGGCGUUCUUCAUUUCUGUUUGAUCUGUUGCAAGUCUUUAUGCGUGAAUGUUUGUGCAAUUUUGGAUCCUUGGUGGAGACAAAAGAUUAUUGGGGCCCUAAUAUGUUGGAUGAAGAUGCUUUGAAUAUUCUAUCAAUGCUUCAUUUGGAGAUGGGGAUUAUGGAACUUUACUAUGGGCGGGUAGAUGCUUCCAGACUUCAUUUUGAAUCAGCUGCCGAGACAUCCAAACUUCAGUUUUUUGUCAGUGGGGCUCUGGGUUUUCGCACUCUGCAUCAGGUGGAGCCCAAGGCACAGCUUCGUCUUGUUGCAGGAACAAAUAGUGGAGAUAGCAGCACGUCACCAAUGCACAAGUUGAACAAUGUUGAUGAUUCAUUGCUUCAGCAGUCUCAUGAAACUUGUGAAGAAUCUGAUGUAUUAAUGACGCCUAGAUUUGUGGCAGAUGAAAGAAAUUCUGAAAGUCAUGAGAAAGAAGUUGAGACCCAUGCCAUUGCUGCCUCCCAACUGAAGGCAGUCCACCAAGCAGUGAUUCUGGCACAUUCUCUUGCUAUUGAGAAAAGUGCUCGCAGUGAUGAAUUGCAAAAGUGGGAGAUGGCUCCAUACAUAGAAGCAAUUGAUUCUCAGCAAUCAUCACCAUAUGCUCUUCGAUAUUUCUGCAACCUAUUACGCAUUCGAUGGGAGUCAACUCGUAGUAGAACAAAGCAGCGUGCACUGUUAAAGAUGGAAAAGCUGGUCCAAGGCAUUGAUGAUCCUUCUCCUGGAGUUGCUCAAAGAGUAUAUUGCUGUUUUGGCGUUAAUAUCCCUACAAUUCCUUCAUCACGGAAGGAAUUUGGCGAUCUUUUAGUGAGUUGUGGCUUGAUAGGGGAAGCUGUUAAAGUCUACGAGGAUCUUGAGCUAUGGGAUAAUCUUAUAUAUUGUUACCAGUUAUUGGACAAGAAAGCGGCUGCAAUCGAACUCAUCAAAAAACGAUUGGCCGAGAAGCCAUUUGACUCAAGGUUAUGGUGCUCACUUGGUGAUGUUACUAAUGAUGAUGCUUGCUAUGAGAAAGCCUUAGAGGUCUCAGGAAGUAAGUCUUCCCGAGCGCUGCGGUCUCUUGCUCGCAGUGCAUACAACAGAAAUGACUAUGAAAAAUCAAGAGUUUUAUGGGAGUCUGCAAUGGCUUUAAACUCCUUGUAUCCAGAUGGCUGGUUUGCACUUGGUGCUGCUUCCUUAAAGUCGAGGGAAGUUGACAAGGCAUUGGAUGCUUUCACACGUGCUGUCCAACUUGAUCCUGAGAAUGGAGAGGCUUGGAAUAAUAUUGCAUGUUUGCAUAUGAUUAAAAAAAAAAGUAAGGAGUCUUCCAUUGCAUUUAAGGAAGCAUUGAAAUUGAAGCGAGACAGUUGGCAAAUGUGGGAAAAUUACAGCAAUGUUGCUGCAGAUAUUGGAAAUUUUACCCUUGCACUAGAAGCUGUAAAAAGGGUGCUAGAUAUUACUAAGAAGAAAAGAAUUGAUACGGAGUUAUUAGAGAGAAUUAUGAUGGAGGUUGAAAGGCGAGCUUCAACUAGUGUUUCUCAGUCUCCUGUGACCGUCAGCAAUAGCAAUCAUGCUGACCUUGAUAAUCUUCACGCUAAUGGGAAUUGUGUUAAUGAAUCAACAAGCGUGGAAGCAGACUCAAUGAGAACGCGGGAAACCGAGCACGUGAUUCAAUUACUUGGGGAAAUCUUAAAACAGAUUGUUCAAGGUGGUGGUGCUGAAGCGUGGGGAUUAUACGCAAGGUGGCACAAACUGAGGGGGGAUCUUGCAAUGUGUUCUGAGGCCCUUCUUAAGCAGGUUAGAUCGUACCAGGGAUCUGAUUUGUGGAAGGAUCGGGACCGGUUUGUGAAGUUUGCAUAUGCUUCCUUGGAACUCUGCAAGGUGUAUCAAGAACUUUCUUUGCGCAACUCUAGUCGUCGAGAAUUGUUCGCUGCAGAAAUGCAUCUGAAAAACACAAUUAAACAGGCUGAGAGUUUUUCUGACACCGAGGUAUUUGGACUUCUUGUGGGUUGUCUUGAGCAGGUACAAGAGGCAUUGGGCGCUAUGUCAGUGCCUUGUGCAUGAAAUUGAGUUAAGCCCCUUUUACGGGGAUUUUACCUGGAAAAAUACCAGUGAGACAGGUGGCACCUGUGCAUUGACUGGGAUAAAACUAUUUUUUGUCCAAGAUCUAAUGUAUGCACGCCACAUGUUUCCUUGUAAUGCCGCCUGCCAAUUCUCCUAGCAGGAUUGGCAUGAAGUUUCCACUCAGUUUUUCUACUGCUAUGCUAUCCACUCUUUCAUUACAUGCAGUUCCUAGCAAUAAUGAGCUACAAUUUCCGUCAGAAACAGGAACUCCAGCUAUUGGCUUGUGGUGAGCCAGGUAUGCAGUAGAUUUAAAAUUAUGUACUUUACACAAGCUAUUCAAUCAAACAAUUGAAAACACAAAUGCUAGUUGUUAUGUUAAUUUCAUUUAUAUCUGAUCCACAUGGUUAAGUGAAUAGUUUUAUAUUCACUUUUCUUGUAUUCGCUAAUGAUUCUAUAUCACCAGUACUAUUGCAAUAAUUAUUUCCAUACAUUACA